UAGAGAGAGUUGAUGAAAAAAGAAAACGGUUGGUUUUCGACGUCACUUCCUGCAAGGUCUGCCGAAAAGCUAGGGUUGUCUUUGGUUCUUACAAUUUGGACUUUUUCGUUUUAAAACUUAAUAAUCAAACAAUGUCUGGCCGUGGAAAAGGAGGUAAAGUAAAGGCUAAGGCCAAGUCUCGCUCGAGCCGUGCUGGACUUCAGUUUCCAGUCGGUCGUAUCCAUCGUAUGCUUCGCAAAGGCAAUUAUGCUGAACGUGUGGGUGCUGGUGCUCCUGUAUACCUGGCUGCUGUGAUGGAGUACCUGGCUGCUGAAGUCUUGGAGUUGGCAGGAAAUGCUGCAAGAGAUAACAAAAAGACCAGGAUCAUUCCAAGACACUUGCAGUUGGCCAUCCGAAAUGACGAAGAGUUGAACAAACUGCUUUCAGGAGUUACCAUUGCUCAAGGUGGUGUGCUGCCCAACAUCCAGGCUGUUCUGCUUCCCAAGAAGACCGAAACUGCCCCAGCAGGAGGUUCCAAGGGGGCUGCUAAAGGAAAGGCCAAUUCUCAAGAAUAUUAAUGUGUCUGAACUUGGUCCUAAAUUCAUUUUUCAUCUCUAAAUGUGUUCCAAACCUCCAGGAUUUUUUGAAUUUCCAUUUUAAUUGCUUUCAGUCUUAAUACUUUUUGAUCAAAUUCUCCUGUAAGUCCCUUGUCAUCCAGAAUAAAUAAAAGCGACUCUUGUGCUACAUAUGAA